UAGUCAUAUAAUCUUUUCCCUCCACAUCCUCUCCCUCUCCUCUCCUCUCCUUCCCUCAUUUCAUUUCAUCAAAGCAGAGAUGAACAUUUUCCUUCUCUCUCCUCCACUCCCUCCUCCACACCUCUAUACUUUCCUCCCUUCACCUUCACUCUCCCUCCGCUUUCUCUCUCCUCCUUCUCUUCUUCCCUCCCCUUCUUCUCCCCUCACCUUCCUCUCCUUCUCCCUCCACCAAAACGACGCCGUCCCUUCCACCCCUCGCAACCGCUACGACUUCACCCCUCUCCUCCAUUUUCUCUCCACCACCAACUCCACCCCCGAAUCAGUCAACUCGUCCGAGUUCCAACUCGCCGACUCAUACCGCGCCGUCCCAACUCACUACUGGCACUCCCUCCUCAAAACCCUCGUCUCUUCACCCUCCUCCAUCCCCACCGCCUACGCUGUUGUCACUUGGCUGCAGAAGCACAACCUUUGUUUCUCAUACGAAUUACUCUACUCCAUUCUAAUCCACGCUUUAGGGAAAUCCGAGAAGCUAUAUGAAGCAUUCCUGCUUUCGCAACGACGGAAGUUAACCCCUUUAACUUACAAUGCCCUCAUUGGAGCUUGUGCUCGCAAUGACGACCUUGAGAAGGCCCUUAAUUUGAUGUCUAAGAUGCGCCAAGAUGGAUACCCUCCUGAUUUUGUAAAUUACAGCCUUGUGGUUCAGUCGAUUGCGAGGACGAAUAACAAGAAUCAUGGGGAUUCAUCGGUUUUGGUUCGGUUGUAUGAGGAGAUUGAUUCUGAUAAGAUUGAACUUGAUGCUCAGCUGUUGAAUGAUUUAGUUGUGGGGUUUGCGAAAUCCGGGGAUGCUGACAGAGCGUUGUGGUUUUUGGGUGUGCUUCAGGGGAAUGGGUUGAGUCCUAAGACGGCCACGUUGAUUUCGGUGAUUUCGGCAUUGGGGAAUUCAGGGAAGGCUGAGGAGGCGGAGGCUGUGUUCGAGGAGCUUAAGGAAGGCGGGUUGAGACCCAGGAGUAGAGCUUAUAACGCGGUUUUGAAGGGAUAUGUGAAGGCUGGUAUGUUGAAGGAUGCUGAGUCUAUUGUUUCUGAGAUGGAAAGAAUCGGGGUUUUGCCUGAUGAGCAUACGUAUAGCUUGUUGAUUGAUGCUUAUGCCAAUGCAGGUAGGUGGGAGAGUGCUAGGAUUGUGUUAAAGGAGAUGGAAGCUAGUGGUGUGCCGCCUAAUUCUUUCGUGUUUAGUAGGAUAAUGGCUAGUUAUCGCGAUAAAGGGGAUUGGCAAAAGUCGUUCCAAGUUCUCAAGGAGAUGAGGAAUUGUGGGGUGCAGCCUGAUAGGCAUUUUUAUAAUGUAAUGAUUGAUUCUUUUGGGAAGUAUAACUGUCUUGAUCAUGCUAUGGAUACCUUCAAGAAGAUGAAAGCGGAGGGGAUUGAGCCGGAUAAUUGUACAUGGAAUACGUUGAUUGAUUGUCAUUGUAAGUGUCGGCGACAUGAUAAGGCAGAGGAGUUGUUCCAGGAAAUGCAAGAGAGUGGGUGUGUGCCUUGUACAACAACCUAUAACAUUAUGAUCAACUGUUAUGGUGAGCAAGAGAAGUUGGAAGAGGUUAAAACUUUGAUGGGGAAGAUGCAAGGCCAAGGAUUAUUGCCUAAUGUUGUGACAUAUACGACUUUAGUUGAUAUAUAUGGGCAGUCGGGAAGAUUCACGGAGGCCAUUGAAUGCCUGGAGGUUAUGAAGGCUAGUGGAUUAAAACCUUCUGAAACAAUGUACAAUGCCUUGAUUAAUGCCUAUGCCCAAAGGGGUUUAUCGGACCAAGCAGUGAAUGCAUUUAGGCUUAUGAGAGCAGAUGGCCUGAAGCCAAGUAUUUUAGCUCUCAAUGCACUAAUUAAUGCAUUUGGGGAGGACAGAAGGGAUUCUGAAGCCUUUGCAGUUCUACAGUAUAUGAAAGAAAAUGAUUUGAAACCAGAUGUUGUUACAUUUACAACACUUAUGAAAGCAUUAGUCCGUGUGGAAAAAUUUGAUAAGGUUCCUUUUGUCUAUGAAGAAAUGAUAUUGUCUGGGUGCACCCCAGAUAGAAAGGCUAGAUCAAUGCUACGAUCGGCUCUGAAGUAUAUGAAACGGAUGUUGAGAAGAUAGUUACUGAAAAUCAGAGUUUCAGUCGAUGUCGAUUUGUGCCCAAAAUUGAACAUUGUUAAUUGGACGGGGUUUCAGCUAAACAUCUUGCUUUCGAAUAUCCUUCACAAUGCAGGUCCUAAAGAUCUGUGGUCGUGUACAAUGAAAAUUGAACUCAGCGACCUGAAGUUAUUAUCUUGUCAGGUCUCCAUUUGGGGUUUCAAAUCACAAGUUCAUAAUAGAGACUCGUCCCUUCUAAUCAGCUUGUAGGACACUCUUAUUUGUAAAUUAAUUUGUAUACAUGCUUCAAGCUUUCAUUACUUGUAUCUUGUAGAAUAGCAUCACAUUGACUCAUUUUUUGCACACCUAGUAAGAAAAUUUACCAUGGUGUAGGCUAUUCCUCCAUCAGAAUUAAUAGUCAUACAGAGUGCCAUUAUUUUAGGAUUUACGAAGAAAGUUAGUCACAUUUUGUUUUAUAUUUUUUUUGAAUAGUAAGUUGAUCAUUGAAUGUUCUAAUGUUCUUGAACAAAAGUGAUAUGGGAUGGAUAUAAAAAACAGAGCUAUUACAAAGGA